AGCAAUGGAAAAAAUAAAAAAUGCAGUGUUAAGAUUUGCUAAUUCAAAUCCAAAUAGAUCAUCUUUAACUCCUUUGCAAAUGGCGGUAAUUGAAAAACAACUCAGUUUAGCCUUUCCAAACUUUCAAACUCCUACCCAUCCGACGUACGCUUCGAUGAUACAAACUGCAAUUAAGGAGCUGAAUGAGGAAAAUGGGUCAAAUGAAGAGUCGAUUUCAGAGUUUAUUAAGGUUAAUUAUGAGGGUUUACCAUGGGCUCAUGGUGUGUAUUUAAGCCAUCAUUUGAAUGAACUUUGUAAAAAUGGUGAAUUAGGGUUUGAUUCUACUACUAAAUGCUACUCUUGUAUUACAUCUGAAGAGAUUUUGUUUAAGGGCUGUGUUUUGAGGAAGAAUUCGCCAAAGAAAGGAUUUAUAAAGGGUAGGAAGAUUAUAGAUGAUGUGACUUAUCCAAAUGGGGAGGGAAAUUUUGGGGGAAAAAAUGGAAAUGUGAAUGAAAUGAGUGGGAAUUUAAAUGGGUUUCAAGAGGAAGACAAUUUGGAGUUUAGAGAAAGCCAAUCUAAGCGAAGAAGACGGUGUCUGGUUUUCGAGGGAGAUGGUGAAGAAGUAGGUGAAAAGAAUGGUAAUGAGGGUUUUCGACUCGAAGAUAGGAAUGAAUUUGUUGAGGAUUGUGAUCAUCCAUUAACUGUGGGAGUAAUGCAGGAGAAUCGUAAGGGUGUAAGCUCGAAUGUGAAAGAUUCGGGUUUGAAGGAAACUGAGCAUAUGAUUGUGUCUUACAAGGAUAAUGAUACUUCCGAUUUGGCGGUAAGUAGUGGAAUGAAUUCGAUUUCAGAGGGAUCGUCGCCUAUGAUUGUAUGUGGUUUGGUGCAAUUCUCUAAGCAGCAACAAGAGGGGUGCAAAUCUUCCUUGAAUAAGAGCUUGGAAGAGAGCCAAGAGAAAAAGAAGGUUUCCGAGAAGUCAAUGCCAACAUUCUCGAAACCUGUGGAUCACAAUCGGCUUGGUAAUGACCAGUUGGACGAGCUUUCGACUCAGAGAAGUGUUGAUACUAAGGAAAGUGAAAUGGAGAGCGUAUGGGGAUCACCGUGGUUGAUGCCAAUGUUGAAGUGCCACUACUUUCUCCGCUGCUCAGUUCAUAAAGAUUUAGUCAAGAGUGAAAGAAAUAUGUUUUGUUUAGAUUGCAUGGGAGAUGCCUUUUGUUUCAAUUGUCUGUCUCACCACGAUAAGGACCAUCGAGUUGUCCAGAUAAGGAAAUCAUCACGCCAGAAUGCGGUGAGAGUUGACGAUAUAAAGAAGCACCUUGACAUAUCGCACAUUCAACCAUACAUAAUCAACAGUGCAAAUGUCGUGUACCUUAAUUCACGCCCUCUGCCGAAGGCUGCUAGAAGUGUCUCUCAUCCCUGUGAAACCUGUGGCUACAGCCUCAUUGAUUCGUUCAGAUGUUGUUCUCUUGCCUGCAAGCUUCAUGCAACUUUGCUGGAUACUUCAAUGAUUGAAGAAUCACCUGUUGAUCAAAACCAACAAGUUUAUUGCCUGGAAGAUCGUUUGAAGCAGUUGGAAAGACGCAGAUGUAUGGGCCCGCUAGACCCCAGUAGUCAGGACGAGCUUUUGCGAGCGGAAGAUGAGGAGCAUUUACCUCUCCAGAAGGUGCUUCAAAAGGGUAAGCGAAAAAAAGAUUACGUGCAAGAACCCACAGCACAGGAAAGGCCACCAGAACCAGUUAUAAAUUCAACUGUAGAAGAGACGAAGAUCCAUGAGCAAGAAACCGAUGCAGGAAAUUUUGAUUUGGAUGCAGGGCCCCCGGGAUUUGUUGGCACUGGACAUUUGAUGUCGCACAGUCUGCAAACCGAACCUAUUAUUCCCCAGAAUAUAAAGAAACAAAAAAGGGGCCGAGGAAGGCCUCGUAAAGAUAAAGGAGCCAUCAAACAAGUAGAAGCAACCCAGGAAGAGGCAAUAGUUUUAUCGAAUUUGGCUCUUCGAGAACAAGAAGCAUCGACUGAUCUAGCAACUCUGCAUUCAGAUAAACAGACCAAACUACUGAACAAGAGGGGUUGGGGAAGACCGUGGAAACAACUCGAAUCAUCUUCCAAGCAACAUAUUAAAGAAACGAAAAACAAGGGCGAGGAAUCUCCUCUGCAAGUCAGAAAGGUCAAGAAAGGACGAGGAAGGCCUCGUAAACAAAAAGAAACUGAAAAGGAUGCAGCUGUUUCUUAGAAAGUUCACAUUGG